GCUUAAUAUUCUCAUCCCUAAUUGUAGCAUCUUAUUCUCCCCACUCAUCUAUGUAUUGGUAUUAAGAAUUAUCUUCUUAGUUUGAUGGGGCAUCAAUUACUGCAAAUGAUAUUACAAUUAAAGAUGGGAGUGUUGUAGGUACAUUGACUCUGAACUUCCUGGAUUGGUUAUUGGUCAAGGUUAAUUUGUAAAAGUUACGAACCGAGGACUUGAAAUAUAAUUGUGGUGUUUGAAGAUUCCUUUUUGAGUUUCAAAAAUGAAGGGAGUUGGGUUCACUGUUGAGAGACAGAGAGAGUAGUUGGUCUUACAGAAGAGUUAAUAAAGGAUGUGUUUCUUAUAAAACCCAUUUUCUGUUGCCACCUCUAUUUUUUGUUUUUUGGGGUAGGGAGGCAGAGCAAGAGGUUUGUUCUUCAUCUCCCACCCUAGCAACGACAAUUCUUACUGAAAAGAAAACAAAUCAUCAGUAUGAUAUUCUCUGUGAAGAUUAAUUUUUGCUGGAAAAUUGUUGAAAAAAAUCGUCGAAACCCUUCUUCAUCAAACUCCAUGUUUCGGCGAAAGUGGUUUCCACUAACGGUUGUUGAAGAUGAUGUUACUCCAUCACCAUCUCUACCUGUAACUGCAACAUCAACUCCUCUUUCAUGUGAUUCCUGCUGAAGUAUGUCAAGGAAGAUCUAAUAAGUAUAAUAUGAUCUCGAUAAUUGAGGUUGUGAAAAUACACACAACGAGUUCUGCAUGUGAGUUUUCCUCUUAUUAGUGCUUUUAUUACAACAAAUUAACAUUUGCAAAGGAGUGUUGCUUAGAGGUUGCUCUGUUGAUGUGCUUGAAUAUGUUAUUAUGCAUAUUAUUUCAUAAGCACUUGAUAUGUUAAUUCAAAUUAGACCAGAGGGGUAAAUACCUAUACUUUAAUGUUAAGCACGGGUUUAACGAGUAAAUCAACAGGUGCAGCCAAAACUAAUUCUUUUGUGGAUAUUCUCAAGGGAAAGAAAAUCAUAAACCGUACAACUAUUGAUCUUUCCUCUCUGCCUAAUCCUACUUUGAAAGAGGGAGAACCAGCUUUAGAAAUCCCUUUGGAUUUUUUCAAGAAGGAUGUAAACCAUUCAAGCAUAGUUUCAUUGCUCAUUUGGAUUUUACAAGUGUGAAGUUUCCUGAGGUAAAACACGCUCUGGUCGACAAUGGAAACUUGGUCAAGACGUGAAGUUUUUUCCCAUGCGCAAGGGGUUCUUCAUAAUCAUGUUAGCAACAGCUGAAGACAAGGAAAGGAUUCGUAAUGGUCCUAAAGCCAUCAUUAAAAAUCAAGUUCUUCAGAUACAGGAUUGGUACCCUAGAUUUAACCCUAACAAGCAGCGUACUUCUCAUGCUGUUGCAUGGGUCAUGUUACCUGAAUUACCAAUGGAGUUAUGGACUGAAAAAUCCAUAUUAUCAAUCAGUAAGAGUUUUGGAACUCCAAUUGUUGUUGAUGAAAAAACCCUAAGGUUGGAGUAUGGUUAUUUUGCAUCAGUUCUUGUGGAUAUUGAUUUUUCAAAGCACAUCUCUGAAAGAAUUUUGUUAAAAGCUAAUGGGAAGGAAUUCUGGCAAUAUAUGGAUAUUCAUAAACGUCCUCAGUUUUGUGCAAAGUGCAGCAUUAUUGGUCAUUGUGAGGAAGAUUGUAGAAAGAAAUCAAGCAACAAAACAAAAACUAAUCAACUUCAAGUGGUUGCAGCUGAAAUUCCUAUAAUGAGGAAUGAUAGUCCACCAGGCAUGGAGUGGCAAGUUGCGGAAAAUAAAAAUACGGGUAAGCAAGAUCCAGUUAUUCAGGUCAUAGACGAUCGUGAUGUUGCUGGGAGUUCUCAUGCAGCUGUUGUUGAAAAACACGCACCUGUUGGGACUACAAAUUUGGAUAAGCAAAGAAAAGAUAAUACUAUGGAUGUGAUGGAAAAAAAUGGCAGUGUUGGUGCGUUGAUGAAUGAUGAAAACAAAUUUGAUGCUACAAGUGCUGAGGAUACAAAGUUAGAGGAAGAGCUGAAUAACUCUUUUACUGAGUAUAGGGAAGCACAACUCAAACUGACUAGAUGCAAGAAUGCAAUUGCAUCUAAAGCAGAUCUUGCUGCACGUAAAACAUCUGCUCAUGCAGACCAUGCAGCUAUUCCUACAGAGGUUAAGCAGACGUCCGUGAAUAAUUUGGAGAUACAACCAUUGUCCGCGCAGAAUUUGGAUGAUGGUUGGACGCAAGUUAAGGGUAAGCAUUCUUCUUCUAAAGAUAAAACCAAUGAAAAAGGUACUCCUUUUACUUUUAAAUCUUUUGGGGAUGUUUCAACAUCUAUAGCGGAUGCUGUGUUCGGUUCUGAAUUUGUAGUUCAGAGAAAUCAGUUUGAAACUCUUAGCGCUGAACUUGGUUUUAGGGAUGAUGAGGGGGAAGUUCAUCAAAGUUUGGUUGAAAACUUAGAUGAGAAGGAUGAAGAUUUAGACGCGGCUAGUAUGGCAGCUGAAGUUAAAAAUUCUAAAGAAUGGGGUACGGUUAGUGAUCACAACAAAAGCAAGAAUAACGAUGUUUUAAUGUUUGAUAAUGCUACAAAUUUAGUUGAGAACUCAACUGAAACUGCUGAUGCAGAUAAGAAGAAAGCUUUUCUUGAUAGAUUAGAAGCUCUAAGGAAACAACAGAAAGGAAUAAUUCUCAAUGAGGAGGAACUUGCAGAUGUUGGCACCAUUAAGAAUGAUGAAGUUCGGUGUAAUUUCAUCAUAAAUCCAGCCUAUAGAAAGGAGUAUUUUCAAGAAAAAAAGGAGUUGUUGGAGAGAGUUUCAACAAAGAAAAAACCUUAAACUCCAAUUAAACUUAUUCCUGGUGGUAAUUAUGCUUCGGAUGAAGAGGAACAUGAUGAUACUUAUGAUGAUGAGUAUAAUGAGUUUUAUGGUGACCCUGAUGUUUUGGCAGAAAUCCUUUCUGGUCUCCAAUCUAAGAUGAAGAAUUUCAGGGUGAGAAAGGCGCGAAAACGUUACUAUUCUCCUUUGAUUCUUUUUUUGGUUAGUUAUUUUUGUUUAGGAGCUUUUGUGAGCUUUUAUUUUUCUUUGUUGUUAU